AUGGCAGCAGUGGGAUUCGAACCCACGCCUCCAAAGAGACUGGAGCCUAAAUCCAGCACCUUAGACCGCUCGGUCAUGCUACCAUUGCGAGUGGUAGAGCAGGCCACCGACUACCAGAAAGGCUUCUACAGUGGAUCUUCCUCUCUGGAUGUGUAUGAUGGUCGUUACCUAGCUCACAGCGAGACAGUCAUUGUGGUUUCGAUGAACUACCGGAUCGGUGCUUUCGGCUUCCUGGCUCUGCAUGGCUCCUCCGAGGCUCCUGGCAAUGUCGGCCUCCUUGACCAGAGGAUGGCGCUGCAGUGGGUACAAGACAACAUCCAUUUCUUUGGUGGAAACCCUAAACAGGUUACGAUCUUUGGCGAGAGUGCUGGCGGAGCUUCAGUAGGAUUCCACCUGCUGUCUCCAGACAGCCGACCCACUUUCACUAGAGCCAUCCUCCAGAGUGGGGUCCCCAACUGCCCCUGGGCCUCAGUGAGUCCCGCUGAAGCGCGCAGACGUGCCACACAGCUAGCAAAGUUCGUCGGUUGCAACGGAGGCAAUGACACCGAGAUAAUAGAUUGUCUGCGCGGUAAAACUCCACAGCAACUUAUCGAUCAUGAGUGGCAGGUUCUGCCAUGGUCCGCUCUGUUUCGAUUUUCCUUUGUGCCUGUUGUGGAUGGUGAGUUUCUGCCCGACACUCCUGAGGCCAUGCUCAACUCAGGGAACUUUAAAGACACGCAGAUUCUCCUCGGCGUUAAUCAGAAUGAAGGCUCCUACUUCCUGCUGUAUGGAGCACCAGGCUUCAGCAAGGACAACGACAGUCUGAUCUCCAGAGAGGACUUCCUGGAAAGUGUUAGGUUGAGCGUACCUCAUGCUAAUGAUAUCGGCCUGGAAGCAGUGGUGCUGCAGUACACCGACUGGAUGGAUGAGAAUAAUGAGAUAAAAAACCGUGAUGCCAUGGAUGACAUUGUCGGUGACCACAACGUCAUCUGCCCGCUGGCCCACUUCGCUCGCUCCUAUGCACAACACAAUGCCCUCAAGGCUAACAUGGGGGGCAUCAACUUUGGUGGGGUGAACAGUGGAAACUCACAAGGAGGGAUGUAUCUUUACCUUUUCGAUCACCGGGCAUCCAAUCUGGCCUGGCCAGAAUGGAUGGGGGUGAUCCAUGGCUAUGAGAUUGAAUUUGUUUUCGGGCUGCCACUGGUGAAGAGACUCAACUACACCCGAGAUGAGGAGAAGCUAAGCCGACGUAUGAUGAAAUAUUGGGCCAACUUUGCUCGGACUGGAAAUCCCAAUGACGCGCAGGGAGAUAGAGGGAAACGCUGGCCUGUGUUUACCGUCAGCGAGCAAAAACACGUUGGCCUCAACACCGAAUCACUCAAGAUUCACAAAGGUUUGCGAAACCAGAUGUGCGCAUUCUGGAAUCGCUUCCUGCCACGCCUUCUCAAUAUUACUGACAACAUAGAUGAGGCAGAACGUCAGUGGAAGGUGGAGUUUCACCGCUGGUCUUCCUACAUGAUGCACUGGAAGAGUCAGUUUGACCACUACAGCAAGCAGGAGCGCUGCACUGACCUCUGAGCGUCUCAGCGAGGAGACGGCGGAGAGAAGAGCGGCGAGCGAGCCGUGGCUGUUUUCCUCCAUAGUUCCUGAGUGAAGGCUGACAUCUUUUUGUGGUUCUUUUGGUUCACAGCAUACACAAGCAGAGGCACUGUUGUCAUUUAUUUAUAUUAUUUAUAAUAUUUAUUGUUUUGUUUUUUUUAUCUGUGUGUCUGUGGAACUUAAGGGCUGUGGAGUAAAACUUGUCAUUGGAGGAGUAAAGAUGCGUCAUUACCUCGAAUGUGUGUGCGUAACUAUGUGUGCGUCUCAGAAACCGCCCAGUUUGACUCAGAUAACUUAACUGACCCGUCACACUGCUCCACUACGGAUUUACUGUAACCUCACUCGUCUUUUUUUGCUUUCUGGGGAUUUCUUCUUUCCAACAUAUCAGUUGUAUUUUUGGUCUCAUCACUGUUUCGUUUCUCUUCUAUUUAUUUAGUUAUUUUUAUUAAUACUGUUACAACCACUACUCCCAUUACCUGUACUGGUCUUGCUUUGUUUGUGUGUUUCUCCUGUGGUAAGCCAUAUACUAUUUUGCAUUUAUCUAACUGUUGCUGUGUGUGAAAAUAUCCGAUUCCUCACAUUUUACUCGAUGUUAAAACUGCUGUAUUCUAGUUUGAUGUGAGAUGUAGAUAGUAUAUUACGUUCAGACCAACUGACUGGUGCCUAACUCGCAUUAUAUUACAAGUUCGCUCAGUUUCACAGUUGAAUGGAAACAGAAACGAGUCCCGUUGAUGUUGAUGGGUCCUCUUGAGCAUCGCCUGUCUGUUGAAGCGCGUCAGUGCUCAAUUCUUCUAAAUGUUCAGCCUUCCUGUGAGGGUCAAUUCUUCUGCACAACUGCACUGAGUUGUGCAUGUGUGCGUGGCCACCCAGUGUCCUUCACAGGGAUCCCGUGUGCCACUCGUGUGAGCUCGGUCUUUCUUUUCCUCCUUUUUUCUGUCACUCAUUCUGUUUGUCUUCCACCACAACAACCCUUCAUCCAGUCCCUCUCUCCAUCUUCCUUCCCUUUUACUGUCCUCUCCACUCUAGUCGUCAUCUUCAUCUCUAAUAAACCUCCACCCACCCUCAUUUCUUUCUUACUGUUUUCCUUUAUCCAUUAUUCCCGCCUCUCCCUUCCUGUUUCUCACUUUUACGUUAGGCCUUUUCCAUUGCUCGUUUGUUUCCUUUCGCUCCCUCCUUUUAGUUAUUCCUUAUUCAUCAUCUGCUGUAUCGGUCCCUCCUUUCUUGUCGGCUCUGUUACAUCACUCCCCCCAUCCUCCCCUGCGUUCUGCUCCCUCUCCCAUCCCCCUUCCUUGGUGCUCCUGCUUUGUUGUUAGUCUAAUGGAGGUAGAGUAAUUCACUCAGCUGCAGGAUAAUGUGACAGAGUACUGGCUCAGCCUCUGGCCUGCUAGCCAACAGGACCUGCUGAAUGCAGAGGUGGAGAAGUGAUGGGAAAAUGACAGAGAAAUGCACUCCUAUGUCACAAAAGUAAUACAGAUAUGCACUGAUCAUUUGAAAACUCAGAUGUGCAUUUGGUUACAUCCAGUACAUACAGUUCGAUCCUGUGAUUUGGUUGCAAACACUCAUGUGUAGCAGCAUUCACCUGCAUUUGAAAAAAAUCAAGAAAAAGACUUUUAACCUUUAACUUGAUGCUCACAAUUUUCCCGUUUCUGGGUGCUUAGGUGACCCAAGCCGCCUCUUACUCUUACUUAAUGACGAUAAUCUUAUAUUUGCAUAUCUUAUGCACAAAGAAGUCGGAGCCUGCAUCGUUCCCUGUGUUGUGAGCAUGUUAUACUGAAGAAUCAAGACAGUUUAGUCAGAUUACAACCUUGUUUGCGUAGGAUCCAGACACUGUUUGAUCCCCUUAUCUUUGUUAAGAUAUGUUGCCUCAUGAGUAGGGAUGCAACGAUACCAAUUUUUUCAAACCGAUACGAUACCGAUACUUGGAUCUGAGUACUUGCCGAUACAGAGUACAAAAAACGAUACUUCUACCACACACACACACAC